AUGCCGAGAAAAAAAGACAAGAAGAUGGUUGAACACGCCUCAAACUCUGAGCAAGACUACAAGCAGCAAGGCUUUUCAGAAACCCCGCUCAGCAACAAGCCAUCGACCUGUGUCUUUGACCCCAACGGUGAUACAUGUAUUGUUCUUUGCACAGACAUUGCGCAGAACUUCGAGUGGUGGGCAGAUGAAAUCUGCGUAAUAGAAGAUGCGCCAGCCGACGAGAUUCAAAUAGAUUUGGACAAAGUAACUUUCACAAAUCUUAGUAUUGAAGAGCCUUCUGUUCCGGAUUAUCAAGAUGACGAGACGGAUAGUGGGCAUAGAGAGGCUGGUACGAGUAGCGAUAGCACAAACCUACCGGGAGAGGACUCGCACGAUCAAGAGAUAUGUGCACCUAGACCUGAGAAGACCGAGGUUUGCAUGCUUGUCUCGGGAAAGCAUUUGGAACUAGCUUCCCCAAUCUUCAAAACCAUGAUUACUGGUCCCUUCGCAGAGGGACAAGCAGAUCCAUCAGGCAUCCGAAAUAUCACAGCGAGCGACUGGGAUCCCGAAGCUUUCAAAAUUAUCCUUACUAUCAUUCAUGGAUACCAUCGAGAUGUACCAAGAUUAGUUAGCCUUGAAAUGCUUGUCAAAGUGGCUAUGAUUGUGGACUACUACCAAUGUCUUGAGAGCGUCGAGGUAUACACGGACAUGUGGCUUGAGGGUUUGAGGUCAGACUUCCCGAAGGUCUAUGGACGGGACUGCAUACUUUUCCUUUUCACAUCUUGGGCUUUAUCAAAGCAAGCUGAUGUUCUUGAGGAGAUCAACGUAGCACGCCAAAGCAGCCUGGCCGAAGCCUUUUCAGCAAUGUACGAGCUCCUUGACCGUCUUCAAGAAGAAGACGAGUGCUCUUUUGAGUGUUCAUCUUUACUUCUCGGUGUUCUAACCAAAGAACUAAAACGUCGUGGGAUUCUGCAUCCGCGACUUGACCCGCCGUUCGAGCGUUUCAGUAUUGAAGGGUUCAAAAACAUGAUAGAUGCAUUGAGAAGACCUCAGUGGUACGGCACUAAUUGUUACAGAUAUGGCUGUUGCAUUCAGAACAAGUUGUCUGAGCCGUUCGAAAAGAUGGAAAGUAACCUGCCUACCUUCUCUCUGCAGGACUUCCAGGUUGUCAAGCGGCCUGCUCGCGUCUAG